AUGAAGAGGUCGGGGCUGAAGUGCAAACCGUCCAAGUGUGAGAUACUGAAGGACUCGGUAAAAUACUUGGGCAGGAUGGUGGACAAACACUGCAUCAGACCAGAUCCAGACGCAGUAGAACCAGUUCUAACUUGGAAAUCGCCGAAAACGGAACACCAAUUGAUGAGCUUUCUGGGCUUUGCAAAUUACUACAGAGAAUUCGUCAAAGUAUAUGCAGACAAGGUUUAUCCGAUGCAACAGUUAAUGAGGCACAAAGAAGAAAAGAUCAGACACCACGACAGGGAAUUACAAACAGAUCCGUCCUCAGGAACCUUCAACUUGGACGUGCAGGAAAUACGAGGUGGUGAAGAACUUGAAAGGAUUGCAGUUUCGAGGAAACCCUUCAGGGAACUAUCAUGCAGUUCAAAUGUGAGAACAAAUCUGGUGCCAGAAGAUGACAUGAAGGUAGCAAGGAGGAUAGUAUGCGUGAAGCUGAAGGACGACGUCCACAACCCUGGGGAGAUGAAUGGGCAGAUUAUGGCGCUGAAGGAACUUGUCAAGACCAUCAGUCAGGUCCACGGGCCAGAGCACGAGCAAGGCACUAUUGAUGUCACGGGCGCAGCAAACGGGGGAAGCGUAUCCGGACAUCAGUAUCGUGAAGAGAGAGCUUGA